AUGAAGAACAUCACGAAGAACAAAAAUCGUUGCCCAGAAACAGAACCAAUCUUGUCUGCCACUAAAAAUGAGGAGAUAAGUUCCAAUUGUAGAGACGAAUUUGGGAACUCAUCUGGGUAUGGGUUCUUCUAUGGAGAACAAGGAUUUCCCAAAAAAUGUGUUUGUGGAAGUCAUGUUAGGAAGUAUGUAUCAGAGUCAAUAGAUAAUCCUGGACGUCCAUACUUUCGCUGUGGUGCUUCUCGUAAGGUGGGUGAAGAUGCGAUGUAUGAAGAAGUGAAUGAGCUGAAGGUUAUGGUUGAGAAGAUUGAAGUGAAGAAUAUGACAAGUGAGAUGGAAAAUAUGGUUGAAGAGGUCAUCGAAUGCAAAAAGGAACUAAACAAACUCAAGAUCAAGAACAUUGUGCUUGUUUUUUGUUUGUGUUUGUUGGCAUUUGUGAUAAUGUAUCACAUUGUGUUUAACCAUGGUGAAUGA